GGCUGAGUAGAUCUGUAAGGCGAGCGAGCGAAAGACUUUGGAAGCUUCGAUUGAAGCUGCGAUAGUGCGAUCGAAGCUAUCAAAUCUUGUGGAACUAAUUCUCAUGUCAUUCCGAGUCAUUGAGGUUGGAAGAGUUUGCUUGCUGUUGGUCCAACUCUUCUCAAGGACUAAUCUCUUUUGAAGCUUUAUCGUUAUGCUUGCUACUGUCCGAUGUGAAGAAAUUGCCCGGGAGAAGUAUAAAGCUGCAAAGAAGGAAUUGCAUCAACUGGAAGAGGAUAUGAGACGUAGCCCUACUGAAUAUUUGAACAGGCUCAGUUUACAAAUUGAUACUUGUUUGUCAGAGUCUCUGUUUGCUUCUAAGGCGAUAAAAGCCAGAGAUUGUAUUUUGAAGGUUCCUUAUAGAGUGCAAAUAACAGCAGAUAAUCUCCCUGCUAAGAUCAAAUCUCUUAUCAGUGAGGAAGUUGUGAAUGUUGCAAAACUUGCUAUUCUUCUUCUAAUUGAGGAGAAAUUGGAUCAGAUACCAUUGUUAUCAUGUUUCUGUAAAAGGACUCUCAGUGGAAUCCUUAUAUCUGCCGUCUACCAUGGCAAGAGGAGUUGA